AUGUCUACGUACUACCAUUUCGGCGCCCCUCAGCAGCACCCAACGCCGGCAACGGCCGGCGCUGUUUCCCACAGCCACCAUGGCGGGCGGAAUCGCAGGGCGCCUAGGCUAUCCGUCGGACAGAACCCUCAAAAACAGUUUCGGGGCGUCAGGAGUAUGAAGGAGCUUACCGAGGCAGCAAAUCUCUCAACCUUUCGCGUGAGAUUCGAGGCCGGGCGCUCGUUCGACCUGGAGGAUGACAUGGAGUUCUGCCCGGGCCUGUUGACCGAGAGCGAUCUCGUUUCGAUUCACAGCUCAUCCUCGGAGCGGUCGUCACUGGCGAGCAACUCCCCGCGAGGUUCCCCGACGCAGCAGCCCACUCAGGUUGCAGCAUCGAGCUUCACCCUCCACUCGUCCUCGCCGGCGUUCAUCCCCCCCUCGUACCAAAGUCAGCAUUCGAACCCGAAGCUUUACCAGCCCUCGGCCACCCGCGCCCGCAACGCCAUUCCCAUCAUCAACCCUGCUACCGGCAUCUCCAUGUCAAGCCCGCCGCCCUCUGUGUCGCCCGCGAGGAUGCAACAGCCCGUCAACCGACGGUGGUGA